GAAAAACCCCGCUUCUCAAAAUUGAACUGUUUUCGCUCCUUCCCUUCGCCUACGCACUGUCUUGCAUUCUGCAAUUGCGAAUCACUCUUCCUCUCCCUCUCCCUCUUUUCACUUUCCCGUUGAGAUUUCUCGUCAGAUUUGUGAGUCAAUUCCGCUUUGCGUUGAUUCAAUUUCUCGCCAUGUCGCUGAGACCGAGCGAGAAGACAGUGUUCCGUCGAAACCGCUACAAGGCCACCGUGGAUGCGGAGGAAGGACGGAGAAGAAGAGAGGACCAUUUGGUCGAAAUCCGGAAAAACAAACGCGAGGAGAGCCUGAUGAAGAAGCGUCGCGACGGUAUGCAAGCUCUUCAAGAUUUCACUCCUGAAUCCGCCGCCUCCCUUGAGAACAUGUUGGACAAUCUAGCAAUGGUCACCGGGAUUUGGUCCGAUGACCCUUUGUUGCAGCUCGAAUCCGCUACCCAGUUCAGGACUGUUCUAUCCACAGAGAGUCCUCCUAUCGACAAAGUGGUACAAUGUGGAGUCGUGCCUCGUUUCGUUGAGUUUCUCAAGAAUGACGAUUUCCCCAAGCUUCAGUUUGAGGCGUCUUGGGUGCUAACAAACAUCGUUUCUGGGACAUUGGAGAACACCAUGGUGGUAAUUGAUAACGGAGCUGUUCCGAUCUUUGUCCAUCUUCUUGCUUCCCCUGAUGAUGCUCUCCGUGAGCAGGUUGUAUGGGCAUUGGGUAAUAUCGCUGGUGAUGCAACACAGUGCCGUGAUUUAGUGCUUGAGUGUGGGGCAUUGAUGCCACUGUUGGCUCAGCUUAAUGAGCACUCUACGUCGUCGAUGGUUAGGAAUGCCACCUGGACUUUGUCAAACUUCUGCCGUGGCAAGCCUCAGCCACCAUUUGACCAAGUGAAACCUACUAUCCCUGCGUUUGAACGACUUGUUCAUUCGAAUGAUGAAGAGAUCUUGGCAGAUGCUUGCUGGGGACUUUCGUUUCUGGCUGAUGGUCCAGAUGAGAAAAUUCAAUGUGUGGUCGAGUCUGGUGUUGUCCCAAGACUCGUUCAACUUCUCUCGCAUCCUUCUCAAUGUGUGGUGACUCCUGCACUUCGUACCAUCGGGAAUAUAGUUACUGGAAAUACUCAGCUGACCCAGUGUGUGAUCAGUUAUGGUGCUUUACCCAUUAUUGCCAACCUUCUUACUCAAAACUAUAAGACAAGCACAAAGAAGGAAGCUUGCUGGACGAUUUCAAACAUCACUGCAGGCACUGUUGAACAAAUUCAGUCGGUGAUUGAUGCAAAUUUGAUUCCAACCUUGGUCCAUCUGGCUCAAUGUUCUGUAUUUGACAUAAAGAAAGAAGCUUUAUGGGCAAUUUCAAAUGCCAUCUCAAUUGGUUCUCAUGAUCAAAUCAAAUACUUGGUGGAGCAGAGUUGCAUUAAACCUUUAUGUGACAUCCUGGCAUGUCAAGAUCUUGAAAUCAUCUCAGUGUGUCUGGAAGGACUGGAAAACAUUUUGAAGGUCGGAGAGGCGGAGAAGAUCACAGGACACGUGAAUUUUGCUCAGCUGAUUGAAGAUGCGGAAGGGGUAGAAAAGAUUGAGAACCUGCAGAGCAGCGACAACAACGACAUCUACGAGAAAGCUGUGAAGAUUCUGGAGACAUACUGGGAUGAAGAGGAAGAUGAGGAGACACAACAACAACAACAACAAUCUCCACGUGAAGGUGGUUCUCAUCUCGGCUUUCAUUUUGGAGAGAACACUAUUCCAGUUUCUCCUGGAGGAUUCAACUUCGGCUGAAGGAGAUUUAGCUAUACCAAAAUAGCUUUCAAACUGUUAAAAGUCUUCUUCUAUAGAAAAAACAAAUUCUGACAUGGAACUGUUUUGUUUUUCUUUUUGAGGUUUUGGGAUCAUUAGUUGUUUUCUGUCUUUGUUUGCUGCAUAGUUUUCGUCUGUUUUAGUUGAAAAUGUUCAGUACAAAGUUACUCAGAUUCUUGAAAUCAAAUAAGAGGUUUUGUUAGGGUCAUUGGAAUCAUGAAUCCCACUAGGAGGAGUUGAUAUGCUCAGCUCAACUUUCAUAGACUUCCUGCAUAAUUCUGAUGAACAUAAGUACUAAGAGAGAGAGAGAGAGAGAGAGAGAG